CAGUAUGGAGAACGUGCUUUGGAAAUGGACUAACUGCAGUUGUACAGUAGAGGAGUUUAUUUUCGGUUCACAAAAAUUGAGCAAAAUUUGUUGGUGUGCCAAAACAUAACAGAAACGUUAUUUCCACACACUCAUUUAUUACACCUGAUUUCAAAGGUUAACUCACAGGUUGGAUCACUUACUCUAAAUAACACAAAUACUUUAUGCUUGAUUGUUAUAUUUUUAUUGGACUUAAUCUUUAGAUCUUUUAGAAUCCUAAUUCACUUCCUCAUUUCUGUACUGUCAGUAGCGUAUUCAGCAUGCCACUCUGUGUGUUGUAAUGCUAGCCCAUACUUUACCCUUUGCUCCUUGCCUCCUAUAUGCAGUCAGGUGAGACAAGUGUUCAUGCUAUAAAUCCCUUACUCCAAUGACUUCAAAGUUCACUUCUGCAUUCCACCUAAAAAGUGUGAGAAGGGUAGAUGAGAAUCUCUGAGACUGAUUCAAAUGGUGUUUCAUUAUCUAAAUUGAUCAGACAUUUUAAAAGGAAGAGGUGAUCUGACUGUCAGGAUGGAUGGGGCCGAGUUUGAGACGGGCCGUAUCCAGGUGCUACAGGAACAGCGUAUGGCUGUCCAGAAAAAGACCUACACCAAAUGGAUGAACAGUGUCUUCACCAAAAAUGGGGAGAAGCUGUCCCUGACUGAUGUGUACACAGAGCUGAAGACAGGGGUCCCUCUGGUCCGACUGUUAGAGCUCAUCUCCAGGGAGAAGCUACCCACUCCCAGCCGGCGCACCCUCAGGGUUCAUUGCCUGGAGAACAACAGCAUCGCCAUCAACUUCCUCAAGACUAAGAUUCGUGUGGAUCUGAUUGCCCCGGAGAAUGUGGUGGAUGGAGACCGAACCCUGAUCCUGGGCCUUCUGUGGAUCAUCAUCUUACGCUUCCAGAUCGGUGCCAUCAAUCUUGAUGAGACAGGAGGUGCCAGCAGUGCCCGUCGUUCUGCCAGGGAGGCUCUUCUGAUCUGGUGUCAGCGUAAGACAGCAGGAUACUCCAAUGUCAAUGUUCAGGACUUCUCAGGCAGCUGGAGGAAUGGGCUGGCGUUCAAUGCUCUCAUCCAUGCCCACCGGCCUGACCUGUUUGAUUAUAACCGACUUCGUGAGGAGGACUCGAAGAGGAACCUGGGCCAUGCCUUCUCUCUAGCCGAGAACGAGUUUGGCAUCCUCCAGCUGCUGGACGUGGAGGACAUUGACGUGAAACACCCAGAUGAGAAGUCUGUCAUGACCUACGUGUCUCUCUACUACCACUACUUCUCUAAGCUGAAACAGGGACAGACCAUUCAGAAGAGACUGACCAAGAUCGUGGGACUCCUGAAGGAGCUAGACGACCAGAAGAACCAGUAUGAGAACUUGGUGUCUGACCUGCUGCAGUGGAUCAAGACCAAAGUGGUCCAGCUCAAUGACCGCUCCUUCCCCAACUCCCUGAGGGACAUGCAGCAGCUGGUGGCCUCCUUCAAGACCUACCGAACUGUGGAGAAGCCCCCUAAGUACCAGGAGCGGGGGGCCAUUGAGGAAAACUUCUUCAGCCUCCGCACCAAGCUCCGGGCCAAUAACCAGUGGGCCUAUGUGCCUCCGGAAGGGAAGACCCUGGGGGACAUAGAGAAAAACUGGGCCAUAUUGGAGCGCGCAGAGCAUGAGAGAGAGAAUGCCCUCCAGAGGGCACUGUUCAGGCUAGAGCAACUGGAGCAGCUAGCCCAGAAAUUUAGCAGGAAGGCUGGACUGAGGGAGGGCUACCUAGAGGACACUGCCCAGCUGAUCAGCAGACAGGACAUGAGGGGAUUAAAAAGCCUGGAGGAGGCCCAGGCAGCAGCCCGGAGACUGGAGGCCCUAGGGACAGACACCCUGGCCAGAGAGCCUCGCUUCAGAGCCCUCAGCGAGAUGGCAAUGGUCAUCGAGAAAGGAAACUACCACAGCAAGGCCCAAGUGGUCCGGAGAGAGGUGAGCAUUGCAAAGCGCUGGAGAGAUGUUCUGGUCCAGUUGGAGCAGAAGAGAGAGCAGCUGGGGGACAUUGUGAAUACACUGAGUGUCCUCAGGGACAUCGAACUGGUUGCCCAGGAGCUCAGAGAUCUACAGGUUUUAGCAGGGUCCUCUGAUGUUGGGAAGCAGCUCCCAGAGGUAGUGGCUCUGCUCCAGAAGCAGGACCUGCUGGAGACCCAGAUCUCUGCUCACGGAGAGACUCUGAGUGCCAUCAGUACCGGUGCCUUAAAUGGGACACAGAGAGACACACUGCAGAUCCAGACCAGAGUCAAGUCGCUCAAUGCUCAAUACAACUCUUUAGUAGCCCUUAGUAAGAACAGGAGGAAAAUGCUCGAGGGCCAGUUGAAGUUGUUUGAAUUUUUCCAAGACUGUGAGGAGGCGGAGGCGUGGAUCUACGAGAAGUGGCUUCCCCUGCAGUCUGCCAGUCUUGGCAGAGAUCUCAGCCAGAUCCAGCUGGCCUUUCAGAAGCACAAGGUUCUUGAAGCCGAGGUGCAGUCCCAUGAGUCUCUCUGCUCUGGGGUUUUGAGUAGAGGUCAGGAGAUGUGCAGAGGGAGACACCCCAGUGAGAAGGACAUCCAGAAGUCAGUCCGGACUCUGAAAAAGCAGUGGGAGCACCUGAAGGACGAAGUGGCCAAUCACAAAAAAAGACUCCAUGCAGCCACUGUCAUCAAGCAGUACUUUGCUGAUGUGACGGAGGCCAACUCCUGGCUGAGUGACAGGAAGCCUCUUCUGAUCAGCGAGGAUUAUGGGAAGGACGAGUCGUCCACCAGUGCCCUGCUGCAGCGCCACCUACGGCUGGAAAAGGAGAUGGGAGCAUACGCUGUUGAGGUGAAACGUCUGGGAGAACAGGCCAAAGGAGCUGCCACGCUGGCCCCGGUCACAGCGGAACCCCAGCAAAAUAAGAUGGUCCAGUACAGUAAUUCCUCUGAGGAAGAGGGGGGAGGGACCUCGCCUGUGGGAGUGUCCUUGUCCAGCGGAGCAGGGGCCAAUCAGACAUCUACCCAGAUCCAUUCACAGGAGGCCAAGGCCAAGAUCAGGUUUAAAUACACACGAGGUGUGACGGCGUGGGACAGUGGGGAAAUUGUAACUAUUCUCAACAGAGACAAUGAGGAUAAGUUUCUUGUGAGGGACAGCAAAGGAAACGAACAGCUGGUGCCAACCACGUAUCUCGCAGAGCUGCCAGCAUCUACGACAACGCCCUCUUUGCCACUUCCCAAACUAUCAACCAAUGAGAUUGCUGAGAGCCCCUCCAAGAGGGUGAACCGUGCACGUCGUAGACGAUCCAUGCGGCGGGGGACGGCUGAGAUCCAGUUCUCAGGAGUUCUUGAUCCACAUUACCAGAGGGACACCAUAGAGAACACCCAGAGCAGUCUGGACCGGGACUUCAACAGUCUGACCAACCUGGCCAAGUCCAGGAGGAUGAAUCUGGAAGAGACGGUCAGGCUGCACCGAUUCUACAACACCUGUGAGGAGUUUGAGUCCUGGAUGGAGGACAAGGAGAACAUCCUCAACACCUUCACUCCUAACUCGGACAAUGUGGGAGUGGUGCAGGCCAAAUAUGAGAACUUUCUGACAGAGCUGGCGAGUGGGAAGGGCCAGCUUGAUGACAUCACCCGACUGGGGGAGGAACUAGUCAAGAGCAGACACAGCAAACACAGGGAGAUACAAGCCAAGCAAGGACAAGUCACCCGCAGGUGGGAGCGCAUGCAGAAACUAAAAGACGAGAAGGGUCAUGAGCUGCUGAGCACAGCUGACGUGCGGUCCUUCCUCCAGAGCUGCGAGGAGGCGCGGGCCCAGCUUAUGGAGCAGCUGAGUCAGCUAGACACAGUGGACGGUGUGGCCUGUACCCGCGUGGCCCUUAAUGCAGAGGAGAGGGCCCUGGCUCAGUCACUGAGGGAAAUACACGCCCUGGAGAGGAAAAUCGCAUACCUCAAGAGCGUGGCUAACAUGAAGCAGGACUGCAGCCCUGCAGAGGCUGCGGCCAUCAUGGAGGAGGUGUGCGGCCUGGAGGCUCUGCUGCAGCAGUUGAGGAGCCAGGCGUCGGAGAGACAGAGGCUCCUGGAGGAGGCCAAGCGGCUGCAGCUGUUCCAGCAGGAGACCAGGGACUUGCUGCUCUGGGCCGAGGCCGUCCAGGGCCGUCUGCUCGAGGACAACACGGCUUCAGAUGUGGCCUCUGCUCAGGCCCUGCUGAAAGACCACCAGGAUCUCAGGCUGGAGAUACACGGCCAGAGGGAGAGAUAUCGGAUGAUGAAUUCAAUGCAACUGUUUCUCAGGGUGAAAGACAUGGAGAAACUUGGAAAGUCUCUUGAGGAUCAGUCAAGUGGAAACCGAGGUGUGAAGGACAUCCAUCAGACAUUGGGAAAGCUGAACCAGGAGUGGACUAAGCUUGACAGACUGUGGGGCAGUAGAAACAGGACACUGGAGCAAGGUGUGGAACUUCAGAAACUGAACCAGGAGGCUGACCGCAUUGAAGCUGCUCUGUCUGGGCAUGAGGCCAGGCUGAAGGUCAAAGACCUUGGGGACUCGGUAGACAGUGUCCGUAGUCUGCUGGUCCGACAGGAGGAAGUGGAGGACCUGCUGAAAGCACUGGACCAACACAUCAGUCUCUUCCAAGACAAGAGCAAAGAGCUCGUCAACAAACAACACUUUGCUGCCAAACAAAUACAGGAGAGAUCACAUGUUGUUCAAGAGCGCAAUAAGAAGCUUGGAGAGAUAUGCAAACAGAGAAGGGCCCUCCUGCUUGAUUCCCAGAACUAUCAGGAAUUCCUCAGAGAUGCUGAGGAAAUGUUGUUGUGGAUGGAAGAGAAAUUCAAGAUAGCUGAAGACGAGUCAUACCGUGACCCUACCAACAUCCUCCGCAAGCUUAAGAGACAUGAAGCGGCAGAGAAAGAGAUGCAAGCUAACCAAGUGUGGCUGGACCGACUAACAAAGUCAGGGGAGAAAAUGCUGUUGGAGGAGCACUGUGAGAGCCAGAGCAUCAGACGGAAGUCCACCCAGGUUAACAGUCGCUGGAUUAGGUUACAGAGGAAGAUGGCUGAGAGAGGAGAUAAGCUGAGACAAGCUGGACAGCAGGAACAACUCAUGGAACUGCUACAGGAUGCCAAGUUGAAAAUUGAGGCCAUUCAGAGGAUGCUUCAGAAUGCAGCCAAAGGUCAUGACCUUCGCUCCAGUCGCCAGCUGUUGAAGGAGCACCAGCAACUGGAGACGGAGGCCCAGGAACUGGCUGACAAGAUCAACACCAUCGUGACCCGUGCCAAGGACCUGGCCACCAACCACUUUGACUCCCAGAAGAUCCUUCGGGAGACAGACACCUACAUGAAGCUUUUCAAGUCGCUACAGAAGCCUCUUGAUCAUCGCAGGGCCCAGCUGGAGGCAUCAGUUGCUCUGUUUGGCUUCUAUCACGACGUAGACCUGGAACUCUCCUGGAUCACAGAACACAACCCAUCCACUAGCUCCACACACUAUGACAAAUCCCUGGCCGGGGCAAUCAACCUCAUGCAGAAACACAAGGAGCUUCAGGCAGAAGUGAACGGUCACUCUAAACACUUGAACCGGGUCCUAGAGAAGGGGCGGAGCCUGGGGAGGUCCAGCCAAUACGACGGAGAAGACGUUCAGCAGAGGAGCACCCAUCUGGCCACUGAGUGGCAGGAGCUGCAGGCGGCGUGUGAGAAGAGGGCGGUCCAUCUAAACAGGGCCAUCACUAGAGAACAGAUCUUGCUUGACUGUGCAGAGCUUGAUGCACGCCUCUCUGAGACUAUAGCCUUGGUCAGCACUGAUGAGUUUGGCAAGAACAUCCUAGCUACCCAGAGUCUUAUCAAGCAACACCAGGCGUUGGAGGGAAAGCUGGAUGUGUUAGAGGCCCAGGUGGAGGAGCUGGGUGACAGUGUGGAGUCAGCCGUCUGCGAGUGGAACCUGGAUGAAGUCAAGCGGCCCUUCAGUCGCGUCAGCAGUCAGAUGAACCAGCUGCAACACCAAGUAAAAAUCAGGGGCCAGAAGCUGAGGGAGGCUCUCCCCUUCCACGAGUUCAGACGAGAGUCGUCAGAGUUGGACGAGUGGAUCACUCAGCAGAAACAGAUUGCCUCCUCGGAGGAAUACGGAAAUGACUAUGAACAUGUGCUGCUACUGAGCGGUAAAUUUGAGAUCUUCCUGAAGCAGUUGGAGGUUGGUUUUGAUAGAAUGCGGAGCUGUGAGGAACUUGCUGAUAGGCUCAUUCAACAUAAGCAUCCUCAGAGUUCCACCAUCAGGGACACCCAAAGUCAUCUCAGGGUCUCAUAUAAUGAACUGCAGGACUUGGCCAAAGAGCGCAAAGACCGCUUACUCAAAGCAGAGGAAUGUCACAAGUUGUACAGAGAUCUUACCAGUGCCUUAGGACAUAUUGAGGAGAGGUACAAGAGCAUUCCUGAUGAAAUUGCCAAGGACCUGCGAGGGGUGCUGUCUCAGCUUCGUAAACAUGAGGCCCUGGUCCAUGAGCUAGCAGGGACAGAGCAGCAGCUCCAGGAGCUGCUGGAUGGGGCAGACUCCACCUUGGACCUUUGCACCCCGGAGAUGAGGGUUCUACUGCAGAAGCAGCAACAGGAGGUGGUGGAGCACUGGGAGAAGCUGCGCCUCUACAUGGACCAGAGGGAGGAAGAACUCAAAGGGACACGCCAGCGUUACCUCUUCCUAAACAUGGUCCAGGACUACUCUCUGUGGUGCGCCCAGGUGCUGAGUGGGAUGAUGGCGGAGGAGUCCAUUAGGGAUGUUGCCACUUGUGACCUCCAACUGGCCCAGCACCAGCAGCUGUGGGCUGAGAUUGUGGCCCGGGAGGAAGCCUACGACCAGGUGGUGGACAUGGGGAAGGAGCUCAAGGAGCAGGACAGACACAAUGCCAGAGAGGUCCAGGACAGGCUGAUUGGUCUGCAGGAAGUGAGAGAUGAGCUGCAUGGAAACUGGAAGAGGAAACAGAGGGAUCUUGAGGGGACCCACCUGGAACAGGUCUUCUACAGGGACACAGAGAGCAUGGAGAAGAUCACCAACUCACAAGAGAUCCUUCUGAAGAACAGUGAUCUGGGGACUACAGUUGACGAGACAGAGGGACUCAUAAAACGACAUGAAGCCUUUGAGAAACUUCUCAGCACUCAAGAAGACAAGAUAUCAUCGCUAAAGGACCUUGCAGAGAGGCUGAAGAAGGAAGACUUUGGUCGUGAGAAAUCCAAUCGCAUCCACAGCAAGCUGAAGGCCCUCCUGGAGAGACGAAGCAGGAUUAAAGGGUUGUCAAUGAAACGCAGAGAGGAACUGACCAUCUCCAGGCUGCUCUGCAUCUUCAACCGCAAUGCUGCCGAGGCUGAGGAGUGGGUGUCAGAGCGCAUGCUGAAGAUACAGGAGGACUCCAAGGUGGACCUGAGUAACCUGCAGACCAAGAUGAAGCUGCUCCAGAAACAUCAAGUCUUCGAAGCAGAGAUUCUGGCCCAUAGCAAAAUCAUUGACUCUGUUCAGAUGGCUGGUGAGGAGCUGGUGUCUUUACGCCAUCCUAAGUCCCACGAAGUUCGCUGUAGUGCUGCAGCUCUUCAGAAACACUGGGAGGAGCUGAAGCUGGCCGUGGCUGCGAGAGGGAAAGUUCUGGAAGACAACAGAGACUUCCUGGAGUUUCUGCAGAAGGUGGACCAGGUGGAAGUCUGGAUCAGACAGAAGGAGGUGAUGAUAAACAUAGGGGAUGUUGGCACUGACUAUGAACAUGGCCUCCAGCUGCUGAAGAAACUCAAUGAAUUCAGAGCAUCAGGUUCUGGGGAAGUCACAGUGGAUGAGGCUCACAUCAAGGCCAUCAACAACCUGGCUGCUCGGCUGGAGAGACAGAACGGUGACGAUUUGGCCACGGUGAAACAGCGCAGGCAACAGCUCAAUGAUAGAUGGAGCAAUUUCCAUGGUAACCUUAGCAGCUAUAAGAAGAAGCUGGAAGCUGCCCUUGUGGUUCACUCUCUCAUCAGAGAACUGGAUGAAGUCUGGGAGAGAGCCAAUGAGAAGAUACAACUGCUGCAAGGACAGGACUGUGGCUGGGAUGUGGAGAGUGUGGAGAAUCUAAUAAGACGCCAUGAGGAGACUGAACGUGAGGCUGGAGUCAUACAGCAAAGGGGCAAGGCACUUGACAAGGAUGCUGCUAACCGCCUGAGAGCUCAACCAGCAAUGGCUGACAAACUAAGCAAAAAGCAGAGGGAGGUCAAAACUGCCCUACUCAAGCUGGAGAAGGAAGUAAAACUCAGGAAGGAGAAGCUGCAGGAGGCUCACCAACUGCAGCUGUUCAAGGCUAACCAGCGCCUACUACUGGACUGGACCCUGAAGCAGAGUGAAGAGAUGGGAAAGAAAGGGCUGCCCAAGACCAAGACUGAAGCAGAGAGUCUCAUUGUUGAACAUCAGGACUGGAAGACUGAGAUUGAUGCUCGAGCGGAGCGUAUUGACUCUGUCAGGGACUUUGGCCUGGGUCUGGUACGGUCUGGACACAGCUCAUCAUCAGAUAUUAAAAAGUCCCUGACACAGCUUGAAGGGGCCAAAACAGGUCUGAGCCAGGCCUGGCAGGACAGGAAGAAGACUCUCGAUCAGGCUCUAAAACUUCAGAUAUUCUUUGGCUACAUGGAGCAGAGUGAGAGCUGGUUGAGUAACAAGGAGGCGUUUCUGGCAAAUGAAGACCUAGGGAGUUCUCUGUCUGACGUGGAGGCCCUCCAGAGGAAGCAUGCCCAGUUUGAGAACACCCUUGAUGCUCAGAUGGAGCAGGUGGAAGUGGUGGAGAGGUUUGCACAGCAGCUGAUCCAGCAAAAACACUUUGACUCAGACAACAUCAAGAGCAAGAACAAGUCUGUGCUGCUCAGAAAGGGUAAACUACUAGAAAUGAGUAAAGUUCGCCGGAAGGCUUUGGAUGAAUCUCUACAACUUCAGAAGUUCCUUUGUAGCAGUUAUGAGGUGUGCUCGUGGCUCAACGAAAGGAAUGCGGUGGCCAUGGAUGAGACCUGGAGAGACCCCAUCAACCUCCAGGCCAAACUGCUGAAACACCAGAGCUUUGAGGCUGAGAUCCUAGCCAACCGCAAGCAAGUUGACACACUUACCAAGGAGGGAGAGAGGAUGAUAGCGGCAGGUAACUCCUCUCCUGAGAAGAUCAAACUCUGGCUGAAGGAUCUAAACAAUGGCUGGGAUCAGCUCCUCAACAACUGUAAAGAGAAGAAAUGUCGUCUGCAGCAGGCCUACCAGGCUUUACAGUUCCAGCGUUCGCUGGAUGACAUAGAGGAGUGGCUUGGGUCCAUAGAAGUUGAAGUUGCCAAUGAGGACUGUGGCACUGAUCUCCCAUCCGUCAAUAGGCUGCUGAAGGCUCUACAAGACCUGGAGGAGGUGGUGGAUGGAUAUCUGGAGAGGGUCCAGGGUCUGGUGGACACAGCCAAGGACUUCAGCUCCCAGGGUAACUUCCUGGCCCAAGAGAUCCAGCAACGCGUUGGCCAAACUGUCCAUAGAUAUAACAGCUUAGCUGAGCCAAUGCAUAACCGACGGGAGACCUUGGAAUCCUGGCAGCUGUUGUUUCAGUUCUAUCGUGACAUGGAAGAUGAGCUGGUCUGGAUCCAGGACAAAACCCCCUCUGCCUCCUCCAAAGACUGGGGAACCUCCCUGCAGAGCACUCAGUCUAUCGUAAAAAAACACCAGGCUGUGAUGCAGGAGAUAGCGAGCCGUGCCCCUCUGGUGCAGGCUGUCCAGGACGCAGGUCAGAACCUGGUGAGGGGCAGACACUUCGCCUCUCAUGAGAUAAGCGAGAGGCUUGCUGAGCUCAAGGACACAUUCGAGAGCCUGAGGAGAGAGUCAGAGAGCAGGGGCCGACUGUUGCAGGAGGCUCUGAAGAUACAGACCUUCGUCUCUGAGGUGUCAGAACUUAAGCUCUGGCUGGAUGAGCAGAGACCCACGUUUGAGUCCAAAGACUUUGGUAAGAGUGAGGAAGCCACUGAGGUUCUCCUACGGAAGCUGGACUCAGGAGUCCUGGACCUGGAGAACAAGCGGCUGAAAGUGGAAUCUCUUCAGGAGACUGGGGCCAAACUGGAGCACUGUGGCCACCCCAACAGCCAUUUAGUGAGUAAGAGUCUCCCAGACGUUCUGGAGGACUAUGAGAGUCUCCUGUGUCUGUCUGCCUCGCGACGGGCAGCUCUGGAGGACCAGCUUAACCUCUAUGUGUUUGAGAGAGAGGCCAGAGAGCUACAGAACUGGCUGUGCUCCCGCAAGACCCUGGCUGGGUCAGAGGACUAUGGACAAGACCUGGAAGGUGUGGAGGUGUUGCAGAAAAAGUUUGAAGACUUUGUGGCUGAAGUGAACACAUUGGGCCAGAGUAAAUUCAGCACUGUUCAACAACUUGGACAAGAGGUGAAAUCUACUGAAGGCCAGAGACGAGUGGCAACUCUGCACAAACUAUGGGACGAACUCAUCCAGAAUGUGAAAAUUAGAGCUGAGAACCUGAAGUCUGCCUGUGAGGUACAUCAGUUUGACCAUGACGUGGAUGAGUUGAAGACUUGGAUGAGUGAAAAAGAGGUGGUAUUGGACUCUGAAGACCAUGAGCACGAUCUGCUCAGUAUCCAGGCACUCAUCAGACAACAUGAAGGACUGGAGAGAGACUUAGUGGUCAUCAAGGAGGAGGUGUCUAGGAUUAAAGAAGAGGGGUGGGGCCUAACCAGGAAGUACUCUCAGGUGCGGGUCAGUCUGAGUGAAAGACUGCAGGAAGUGGAGGCAAGCUGGGCCAGUCUGCAAGCCAAGGCCAUCCAACGCAGGAAGAGACUGGGUCAGGCCGAAGCCGUGCAGAGAUACCUCACGGAGUGGGCAGAACUCAUGGCGUGGCUGAAAGAAACCUUGUCCUUGGUGAGAGGGGAGGGUUCGGGAGGGGAGGGAACUGACUUGGAGCAGCUAAUCAAAAGACACGAAGAGUACCGCGUUCAGAUUGACAAACAGCUCAAAAGAUCACAGGCUGUGAAAGAUGAAGGCAGAUACCUUCUGGAGGAAGGCAACUUCAUGUGCCAAGAGUUGGAGGAGCGUCUUCUGGAGCUGCAGGAGUUGGAGACACGGUUGCAGGAUGUCUGGGAAGAGAGGAGAGUGUUGUACCAGGAGGAACUGGAGAUCCUACAGUUGCAGAGGGAACUGGAGCAGGCAGAGCACUGGCUUAGUACCUACGAAGCCACUCUGAAGGCAGAGGAGUAUGGGGACUCUGUGUCAGAUGUUCUAGAGUUGAUGAAAAAACAGGAGGACUUGGAGGCUAUGAUUCAAGCCCAGAGUGAGAGGUUCAAUACCUUAAAAAAGAAGAAAACCCAGAGAUUACAAGGCCUUCAUGGGGAUGACAGAGACAGCAGCUCUAGGACAAAGCUUUCCAGGGUAACCUCCCUGAAGAGGAAACCCUCCGACCCUAAGGUGCCCCGGCCGACUGCUACUAAACCUCCAAAGCCCCCAGAGUCGUUCUCCAGAACCAGCAUACAAUCAGAUCCAUCUCCGUCCAUCUCUAGUAGCCCCCCACCAAAACCUUCCUCUAGGAUCUUAACCAUCCAGAGCCCUGUCUCAGUGGCCCUCCUGGCCCCCUCUAGUUCCUCAUGCUUUGCCCCGCCGGUCAACCCUCCUCUAUCCCCUUCAUCCACUUCCAAUGUAGAGAGCAGAAUCCCCCCUCACUACCGACCUUACAGAUUGUCAGCUAUGGAAGAAGAGUUGACUCCCACAGAUACACCACCUAUCGCCCCCAAGCCGAGGCUUUCCAUCAGAGAGAAGACGUCAGCCAAGCCUGAGCGGCCGGCUGCAGAACCACCUGUAGGGUCUCCAUCACAGACCUCACCUGUCUCCGAUGUAUCCCCGCUGACCUCAUAUGUGCCGGCCCAAUCCCCAAGUGGGUCUGUACCUGUCCCCUCUGAUCCUUCUGAUGAGGAACCUACCAAAACCUCUGAGCUCCCUGCACACUCCAGAGAGGACCUCCCCCCCUCCUCCCCUCUGCUGCCGGACCAAAGGGAGCAUGAAGACCUUUCAGAGGAGUCGGCCACGCUGUCAGUCUCAACACCUGAUGUUUUAGGCCAAGUGACUGUCACAAUUGAUGGGAUGUUGGAGAUCAAAGUGAAACAAGGUGGAAACAAGGGUUUGGAGACCUGGGAUUCUGUCUAUGCGGUGCUGGAGGGGGACACCCUCAACCUGUUCAAAGACAAGCACGCUGCUACAGAGAGGUCUUCCCGGUGGCCGCCCAUCAAAAUGGUUGGAUCGGUGUGUAAGGAGAACCUACACUACAAAAGAAAGAACCAUACCUUCAAAUUAACUCUGGAGGAUGGCAGUCAGUACCUGUUCGCUGCCUCCAGUCAGGAGCAGAAGUUGAAAUGGGUAGAGGAACUUCAGAACUGUGUCAAGUCCGGGAUCUCCUCUGACUCUGAGGAUUCUGGAGAAUCCUCCAAGGACACAGUAGAUCACCAGAACUCAAAACAGGUGGACCUGAACAAUGCCUCUGAGAAUAGUCAUGGCUCCAGAGAAAGUGUUGUUUCCAAUGAAAGUUGUGAGAGCAUAAGGGGGCCACCGCCAAAACCCCCCCAUACCUACUAUGACAAACACCACUACUCUGCAGACGGGGGGCACAAUAAUCCAGGGAAUGUAAUAACCCAGGGUCUAAGUUCUCUUCAGAUGAGCACAUCCCUCACCAGCACUUCUCCUCUACCUCCACAAAGCCUAACUGACAUUGGGACCAAAGACAAGAACAAGAACAAGAGCGUCUUCAAGAAACUCUUUGGAAAGUGAUUUGGGAUCUUUCCUUUGUUGUUAGAGUGGACUCAUCAGAACAAUGAAAAUCGUGUGAACUUUCUGUUGUAAACCAUUAGCAUUGGUUUAUCAUAUGUUAGCAACAGUUGAUAUACACAUGUUCACCUUAUGUUGAUCUACUCAAGCCUUUCAAUAUUGCUCUUUUAUGCUAGUGCCUAUUUAAAUAAUAAUAUUGUUAUUAUUAUCAUAGUCACAUUAAUUUGCUCUUGUUCAUUUUACACAAUAUUUCAACAUUAAUUUUCAAAUUAGCAUUCUUAAUUGAAAUAAAAAUGCCAAUACAGAUA